AUGAUAACUAUGGGUGAAACAGUGGCUGAUAUUAUUUUGGAUUACCAGAAAAAGAAAAAAUUAGAAGACCCUGAAUCAGAGAAAUAUCAUCUGAUUGAAGCAGCAGCAAAACUGAUCAAAACGGAAAUCAAACUAUUAUCAACUACAACGGAGCACUAUCCCUCGUCAUCAGAGAUUGCAUUUGAACAGGAAAAUAAAAAGUUGUUGUCAUCAGUUCUGCAACUUUACUUGGAUAUUAUCAUUGGUCCUAAGGCAAGUGAUUUGAAAAAGAUUUUCAUUGGACAGGCUUUGGUGCAAGUUUCAAGACCAAAAUUACCUAUUAAUCCAAUUCUCCUCGGUGUUGGUGUCCAGCUUCAUCGCGAUUUUGGUUCUCGGUUACUUGUAGACUAG